GAUGGUGGAGUUCCCGAGGAGGCUGACGAGACGAAACGAAACCUAGAGGCGCUCUUGAGGUUGUCAGGCAUGCGAGGUCGUGUGAGUCAGCAGCAGACUCGAAGGCAGACUCCAAGAAUGACCGACGGGAGAGGCGAGAGACAAAUGACGAGGCCGUAGAGCUGAUCGCGUAAAGGCAUGCGUAGAAGCUCCGAAGCGAAGGCAGUGAUGAAACGAGCCGACUGGUUACUAACCACGACAGCAGUUUACUACGAAACACGUCCGAAUUUGAAAGUCCACCAUACAGCCUGUGAACAGAUUCGCGUCUCAGAGCCCGUGCAUGGCGAUGGUUAUAUUGGGUGCUAGGGCUGCUAUCGGACUCCACGUUUCAUAGUCGAGAUUCGAGAGUUCGUAACUCACGCCACGACGACCGCCGCCGCGGCUUUCGUAGUGCUGAAAAGGUGCAUGAUCGACCUUCUCUGGGACGAAACGGUAUCAUUCCACGCGCCCUCCGACGAAGCGUCGUUUACGUGCGAAACAAGCAUCACCGUAUUCGCAGCACAAAGCCCCAUGGACCAGGCUCUGUAACGCAGAAACUCUUCGUAUCGUGAUAUUUACGGCGUGAGCGUUCCCAUUAGAAACCCUAAGACGAGCCCCCUCUUUCAUCAUCGAGUCGAUGCUAUGGCACACAUUCAGCAGAAUAUGAAUCUGCGACCCAUGCCGCCGCAGCAGCAGCGGCGGCAAGACCACGGUGCUAGCCCGUCCCUCGUCGGACGAACGUCACCGUCACCGUCAACGUCAACGUUACCGGCGUCAGCGGCGGGGGCAGCCGCGGCGGCGAGCGGGGCUCGGCAGGAGUCGUUGCUGGGGAAGCGGACGCGGGAGGAUCUCCAGGAGGGAUUUCAAGAGGCGUGGGCAGCAUUCGGCAAGGACGGAAUUAUGCUAGGCGACAGAGGUGCGGAUUCCGCCGCCGCCGCCGCCGCCGCCGCCGCUGCUGCGGGCGCCAUGUCUGACGCCCCUGAUAGCUUCGUUCCUGAUCACGAGAACCCCCUACUGGACCCCUCGUGGCCGCCCUCCACCGCUCUCGCCUUCCCCCACCUCCCCCACAAGAAGCUCCCCACCUCCCUCUGGCCGCCCUACGCGCAACCUCCUGCCGCCCUCCCCCACUCGCGCCUCCUCCACCACCUCGCCCCCUCCUCCCUCUCCCUCCCCUCGGAUUCCAGCUCGCUGGAAGGGGAGGCGGGGAAGGGGAUGCGAGCAGGGAUGGGAUUCGGGGUGGAAAUGGGUAUGGGGGGGACAGGCGGAAUGGAUCAUGAUGCAGUUCCGCAGGGCGUGUUUGCAAGAGCGGGGCAGGGGCAGGGGCAGAUUCAGCAGCAAAAGCAGCAGCAGCAGCAGGAGGAGGAGGAGGAGGAGGAGGAGGAGGAAGAUCUGGAUGCUUGGUUUCGUGUGAAGAGACGACAUGGGGUGAAGCAGGGAGGAGAGGGGGGGAGAGGAGAGGCCGGAGGGAGACGAGGGACCGGGCGGAGCUCGGCAUCAGGCUCACCUGCUCCUGCAACAGCAGCAGCAGGGGCAAGCGCAGCAGCAGCAACAGCAGGAGGGGGUAUUGGUUCACAUUCCCAGAGCAAGCUUGCAGGCGUUGCUGCUGCUGCAGGCCUUGCCAGGGAUACGACUGGAAGGGCUCGCCCUGCGGCUAAAGUCGCUGUUGCAGUUGACACACCAGCCGCCAUGGCAGCAGUGAUGCCAACACCACCCACCACAGACGCAGCAGCAGCAGCAGCAGCGGCACCCCCCUCUCGCCCCUGUUUCCCCCGCCGCCCAUCAGGCGGCUACAGUGCCGUGCGGCGCGGCACUCUACGUAAACUGCCCCCUGUGCCCGCCCUCGGCGCCCCCGCCCCCUUCCGCCCCCACUCCUCCUCCCGCCACCCUCUCGCUGCUUCCUCCACUGCUGCCGCCAUCACAGCUGCACGUGCUUCAGCGCCUAUUUGGGGUGUGGCAGGGAGAGAGGGAGGGGGGAUGGUGGGGGACAGGCAGGGGUCUGAAUCUGCGGGGGAGCGGAGAGCGCAGGAGGGAGGGAGAGUGGGUGAAGCUGCUGCUGUGGGUGGUGGUAUUUCUUGCAAUGCUUCUGGUAUGGCUGCAGAAUCAAUGGCUCGUGCGUCCGGAUCUGGUGCCACAGGUUUGGAUGCAGGUUUGGCAACAGGAGCGGCAGGCUCGGCGGAAGGCUCUGCCUCAGCUAUGGCUUCUGCUUUUGCCGCAGCAGCAGCAACUGCAGCAGCGGCAGCAUCAGUAGCAGUAUCAGCAACAGAACCAGCAAGAGCAGAAGGAACAGAAACCCCACCUGAGCAGGGUUCUCUGUCUCCUCUCUUCCCUCACUCCCUCUGUGCGGCUGCUGCCUUCCCCCCGUUCUACUCCCACCUGCCUUGUCACGAAGGAGAUGCUCUCUUGUCUGCACUCCUUGACUCCAUGCCUUCCCCUGCCUCUCCUGCCCCUGCCAUCCCUGCUCCUGCUGCUCCUGCUCCUCCUGCUGCUGCUCCUGCUGCCCCUGCACCUGGUGGUAGCGCCUCCGGUGCUGCAAAUGGGGGUGCAGCUGCUGCUGGUCUGGGAGCAAGAGGAGAGGGAUCAGGAACUGCCUGUGGGGGGGCAGGGAGGGCAGUAGGAGCACGGGACGCGGGGAAAGGGGGAGCUAGGGAAACGGGGAGAGCAGGGAUAGAAAGGGAAGCGGGGGGAGGGGGAGGGGGAGGAGCUGAGGGAGUUGGUGGGGCAGGGAUAGUUGGAGGUGCGGGGGUAUUAGGGGGAGCAAGGGGGGCAGGGGCAGGGGGGGGGGCUUGGGCAGGGGCCGCUAAGCCAGUGUUGAAUUUCGCCCAGUUCUCGCGGCCUCUCCAGCAGUAUGGCAGUGCCCAUGUGAAGACUCUUCGUGCUGCCAUCGCCCGCACCAACACUCGCCUCGCUCCCCCUCCUACUGCACCUGCUGCUGCUGCUGCUGCUGCUGCUGCUGCUGCUCCCGCUUCGGCUUCUAAUGUCGCCGCUGACGCCGCCACUGCUUCUACUGGUGUCGUUGCGAGCAGCGCUUGUGCUGCUGAUGCAGGUGCAGCAGGCCCGGCGCAGCCAGCACACGAGGAAAGGACAUGCACACAGGGGCAAACACACUCAAGAGCUAUGCUACCUCCUGCUUCCUCCCCACAUCUCUCUGUCCCUUCCUCUGUCCCUUCCUCCAUCCGUGGCCCAUCCUCGUCCCCUUCCAUGCCUCCACCGCCCCUCCCAGCAUCCGCUGCUGCUCCUCCCUCACGCUCCCCUUCCUCCAGCCUCACUCGCUCACGCACCCCAUUGAGAGCACAUUCCACCACACUCAUACGUGCGGCGAAUGCUGCCGGUGCUGCUGCUGCCGGUGCUGGUAUGAGACGGGAUGCAGGGAUUGCAGGGGAAGUGGGAGAAGGCACAGUUGAUGGCGGGGCGCACAGGUCAACGGCACCAGCUGUACCCACUGCGCCAGAGCGACGAUCGGUAGCAGCAUCGCCAGCACCAGCAGAAGCAGCAGAAGCAGCAGCUGCAGCAGCAGCACCUACUUCCUGCACCCCCCCGCAAAUGCCAGCUCAUUCCCUUGCACCUGGGCCUUCUGCCCCUACUGCUACCACCGAUGCUGCUACCACCGCUGCUGCCAGCACCGCUGCUGCCACUAUCGCCACCAGUGCUCCUGCCACCCUCACCAGCCUUUCUGGCAGCACUGCACGGGCGCCCACUCCACAGCUCGCCUCUCACUCUAACAAGCAGCACAGGCGGAACGUUAAGAGCCCGCCUGUGGGGAGCGUGAGACCACCUUGUGGUGGGAGGAAUGCGAGUGCUGCUGACACCGCUACUCUCUCCCUACCCUUCACUCUGCCGUCCCACCCCCCUGCUGCUGAUGUGGGCUGGAGGGUUGGGGGUGAGGGAGAGGGAGGUGUGGGAAGGGGCGGGGGAGGAGGGGAGGGUAGGCAAGGGGCGGAAGGAGGGGAGGAGAGGGGUAGGGAGGAAGGGAGGAGGGAUGGGAGGGAUGCAGAGCGGUUAAUGCAGCUGUAUGCGCAGUAUAGGGGCAGGGAUGGGCAGGUGGGGGAGAGGAGAACGGAGGGGUACGGAAGGGUGGAAGGCAGGGAAGGGGAAGCUGCAGAGAGAGGGGUUGGUUUGGGUGUUGUGGCGAGCACGAGGGAGAGUGGGACAGAGAGAGAGUGGAAGGGGCAGGGUGAAGAGUGGAGGAUGGGGAGUGUGGGGGGUGAGAGAGGAGGGGAUGGCAUGGUUGGUGUGGGUAGUGUGAGAGAGGCGGAUGGGGAACAGGAAGUAGAGUACAGGGAGGAUGAGGAAGGAGAGAAGGAGGGAAGGGGGUUUAGUGAGCUGAUUGAGGGAAACUGGAAGAUUACGGGUGGGAAGGAGAGUGGGGGGGAGGAGAAGGAGGAGGAGGGGGGGGAGGAGGAAGAGGAGGAGAAAGUGGAGGGGGAAGCGAGGGGAGAGGGGCGCAUGGUUGCUCGGGAUGGUUACACCCAUGGGGGCCGACCAGGCACAGAGGGAGCGAGCAACAAAGGGCCCUCUCUCCUGGGGGCAGGGCGCUGGCAGCUACAGGCAGUGGCAGGGAUGCAGAGGGGGGGAGGGGGGGCAUCGGGGGACGAGAAGGAGGAGGACGAGGACGAGGAAGAGGAGGAGCAGGAGGAGGAGGAGGAGGAAGAGGAGGAGGAGAUACAGCGACGAGAGGGGGGAGAGAGGAGAGGCGAGGAGGGUGAGGAGAGGGGAGUGGUUGCUGGGGGGGGAAGAGGAGGAGGAGUGGGGGUGGCAGGGAGAGGCAAGGCAGCAGCAGGUGGAGCAGGGCGAGCGCGGUCUGCACGCGUGCACAAUCUAUCAGAGCGGCGGCGGCGGGACAAGAUCAACGAGCGGUUCAACACAAUGCGGGAGCUCCUGCCGGAGUGCAGCAAGACGGACAAGGCGUCUCUGCUGGACAAGAUCAUCGAGUACAUCAAAGCCAUGCAGCUGCAACUGCAGCUCAUGUCCCUGCGGUCAGGGCUGGGGUCAUCCACUGCACCUCCACACGCCCUACCGCCACUCAUGGCCCACACCAUCCCUUCCACAGUACCGGCAGCAGGCGCCGCAGCAGCCGCAGCAGCUGCAGCUGCAGCAGCAGGGGUGCAGCAGGCCCCUCUUCCCUUGUGCAACUUCCCUUCCCGCUCUGUGUUUCUUCCCCAGGCAUCUGUGCCAGAGUCUGCCCUUGGUUCCAUGCAUCAUCACCUGCUGUGGCAGCAGCACUUGUACAGGCAGCAGCAGCAGCAGCACGAGCAGCAGCGUCAGCAGCAGCAGCAGGAGUGGCAGCGGCAGCAAGAGGAAGUGGCAGUGGCAGUGGCGGCACAGCAGGCACAGCAGGCCGAGCGUGAUCUCUUCAUACAGCUGCUCCAGCAGCAGGGAGAGGAAGAGCAACUCCAGUGGCAACAGCUGCACCUGCAGCAGCAGCGGCAGCAGCAGGAGGUGCAGGAGCAGCGUCAGCAUCAUCACCGUCAUUGUCGCAAUCAGCAGCAGCUGCAGCAGCAGCGGCAGGGGCAGGAGACUCCUCUCACACACGUCCUACCAUCUGCCACUCUCCUUGCCCCUCAUACUCCUCUGCUCCCUCUCCCUCACAUUGCCAGUCUCCACGCACCACCACUCGCCUCCACCUUCCCUGAUGCUGCCGCUGCACCAGCUGUCACUCCUGCUGCUGCUGCUGCUGCUGCUGCUGCUGCUGCUGCAGGGGCUGCUGUGGCGGAUCGAACAGCAGCCAUGGGAGGCGUGGGAGGGUCGCGAGGAGGCUGCGGUGGGGGAGGAGGGAGGGUACGGGGAGCAGAGGGCGAGAGGCACCAGAGGCAGAUGUACAGUCUGAUGGAAUGGGAGAGGCUGUGCGCUGCUCAGGCUGCUGCUUCUUCUUCUGCCGUGGUCGCCGCCGCCGCUGCUGCUGCUGCUGCUGCUGCUGGUGCUUCAGAGGCGAAACUGGCUGUUCGAUCACGCGAGAGCCAUGGGAGGCGGCAUGAGGAGAGGCAAGGGGGGAAUAGGCAAAACGGAGGGGUUGGAGAAGGGAGGGGGUUGAGAGCCCGUGCUGUGACUAUUGGAUCCACCGCAGGUGCAGCCGCAUCAGCAGCAGCAAUGGGCGGGGCAGCACCGGGAGGGGCGGCAGGGGUUGAUAGUAUGGCGGCAGCAGGAGCAGGAACUUGGGAUUUGGCUGCAAUGGAAGCAGCAGCACUGGAGGUGGCACGAUUGGAGAAUGAAGCAGCAGAGGGAGCUGUGGGUCUGGGUGGAAUUGGGCUCAAUGGAAACAGGUUAUCUGCCACAGAAGCAGCGGGAGCGGAAGCGGCAGCAGGAGUGGCGGCGGCAGCAGGGGUGUAUCCAGGAGCUGGGGAUGACGCGGUGGUGCUGGCGUUGCUCUUCCCUCACUCGCGCUCGCAACCAGGCAGGGAGAGGGGUGAUGGGAGGAGGAGGGGACAGCAAGGGCGUGACAGUGGGCUGUGGAGAGGGGGAAGCCUGGGCUGGUAGCUGAAAGUUUCCGAUGGUUGCUGCGAGUUUGGGAUGGGAGAAGGUCAUCUUCGGUGCGGGAGCAGACGAAUAUUGGAUGGUAGCAAGAGAAAGGAACCAAAGGAAGCAGAGGAAGCAGAGGAAUCUGGGAUGGUGGCGAGCACAGGAACCUCGGAGGAGCAUGGCGGUGGAGUAGAAAGGAGUUUGGCACAUGUGAAAGGCUUUAGCUAAUUGCACAGAAAGCUGGUGUGCUGUCGGUGCUGUGUGGUGGGGUCAGCUGCUUGGCACCUGAGCACCUGGGCACUGGGCACAUCAGCCCUUGAGCACCUCAGGAGCAGCAUGGUCGAUGGUGAAAUGCAGGCGAGGAGGCAUGCAGCUGGUGGGAGGUCCAGGGGCUGCUACUGUGGUUGCACGUGCUUCUACUAAUGCCUUCUGUAGCACACCAUCCAGCUGGAGGGAGCGUGUGUACAUAAGGCAUAGCGGUUGCUGCGGUUGUACGUGUGUGCUUCUACCACAUCAGGAGUGGGGUGGGGGCGGUUGUGGUUGCACUGGCACGUGUCUCUACUACAUAAUGGUGGGCAAUGGGCAUGGAGGGAGGGAGUGCAGGGUCUGCUCCUGUACCAUGAUGACGCCAUCCCCUGUACAGGCCUUUCUGGCGGGUUUCACCUGAGCAGCCAGCUGUCACUCAGCUGUUCACCUGACAUGAGAAAUUAUAUGUUGGACAGAGGUGAUGCCUUUGCCAGAGCAGUUUCUUUGCCAGAGCAGUUGGACAGCUCUUUGCCAGAGCAGUUUCUGCCUGCUGGUUGCAAGGUCUUGAUACGAACAUUACAUACGGAGAGAGUGUUUGGGUUGCACUGCCUUGCUGUGUUAGUGUUUAUUUCCAACACAGUCUGCUGUGCUGUAACAAACAGCCUGGUUGAUUGUUUUGUUUGCUUGUGGGUUGAUAUGACAGAGUUGGUGUUGCCUUUUUUGUACUGGUAAGAGUGUUACGUUAGAAUAGUGCAAUAAAAUUGACUACCAAGG